GAAGAACUCAAGAAGGGUUAGGAACUGACUCUUUAGCAACUGACAGUCUGCUCUGGGAACCACUGAGGACCAUGGGGAAGCGAGAUAACAGGGUGGCCUAUAUGAAUCCCAUAGCAAUGGCCAGAUGGAGGGGUCCAUCUCAACCUGUAGGCCCAACAAUACAAGAUUAUCUGAAUCGACCAAGACCCACCUGGGAAGAAGUGAAGAAAAAAAUAGAAAGUAAAAAGAAAGGCUCCAAGGCAUUAGCAGAAUAUGAACAAAAAAUGAAUGAGAGUUGGAGGAAAGAACUAGAACAAAGAAGACUGAAAGCAUUAAGUAGAAAUAAGGGUCCAUCCAAAAGAAGAGAAAGAAAGAAAAAGAAAAAGAAGAAAUGCUGUGAGUCUUCUUCUUCACCAAUCUCUGAAUCUUCAAGCAGUUCUUUAGAUUCUGAGGUCGAGAAAAAGAAACGAGGAAAGAAGAGAAAGAAGAAGAAGAAGAAACACUCACACAAAUCAUCAGAAAGCUCUACAUAUGAAUCUGAAUCAGAGAGCAGGGAAUGUGGAAAAAAGAAAACGAAGUCAAAGGAUGAAACAGAGAAAGAAAAGUAUAUUAGAAGUGCCAGCAAAAAAAGAAAGAAGACUUACCCUGAGGAGAAAUCUGUAUCCUCAGAGUCCUCAUCAGAAUCGGACUAUGAAGAGGAGGUACAAGCCAAAAAGAAGCGAAGGCAUGAAGAGGAAGAAAAAACAUUUGAAAAAGCAAGGAAGAAGAAGAAACAUAGUAAGAAACACAGUAAGAAGAAGAAAAAGAAGUCAAGUCACAAGUGA